GUGACUCUCCUCUUCGUGCCUGUCACUCUCGGCCACCGCCUGUAAUCUUUGUGAGUUUGUGAGAAAAGCGCUCUUAAGCUUUAUUUUCUUUACAAGGAAUCAAAGAGUUAGCUCUGUCUCUCUCUCUCACGCCCAAAGAAGACCCAAAAAUAUGGAGUCGAAUCGCUGUUUAUGUGUCGCCUCUGCAAUUUUCUUGUCCUUCCUUUGGAUGGCUCUCUCCGUUUCUUCUUCUUCUCCUUCAGCUUCCAUUUCAGAUAGUAUCUUAGGAUCUCAUGUAUCUUCUGGCCGGAACCUUCUUCAAGCUAGAAAAGCUUGCCCAGUGAACUUCGAGUUCUUGAACUACACAAUCAUCACAAGCAAAUGCAAAGGACCCCUGUACCCAGCCGAUGCCUGUUGUGGAGCAUUUACGGAAUUUGCGUGCCCUUAUGCAGAUGUUAUAAAUGAUUUAACAAAUGAUUGUGCUUCAACCAUGUUCAGCUACAUUAACCUCUAUGGAAAAUACCCACCUGGCCUUUUUUCCAGCGAGUGUAGGGGCGGGAAGGAGGGACUUGCGUGCCCUGCAUCACCACCGUCGGUGUCAGCCAAAUUAGCCAAUGACAGUACUGGUGGGACUCAGAUCAUGUGCUACCCAUACCCACUGCAAAUGCUCACAGCUGGCUCCUUGCUGCUAUUGUUUAAGUUUUUAUGAAUGCUCAAAAGUCAAUUUUCCUACCUUUGUCCAAUCAUUAAUAUUUUUUCUUUUCUUUUUUUACCUUGUGAAGUCUAGAUUUUUUUUGCACGCAUUUAGGUUGUCGGCCAUGUUUUCCUUUGUAUAACCAAGGGAUACUCAAGUUGAUUUGUGUAUCAAUAUUUAAUUUGCUGCCCACAAGUGGUUGGGGGUUGUUAGGACUUUGUUUUAUCUUUGAUUCUUGAGUUUAUGUGCUACAUAAAUUAAUUGAGGGGCUCAAAAUUCCAAUUAUAUAUGCUCCUUUACAGAUGAA